CUCAGGGGAAUAGUAGUGGGAGGAAAUUUUAGCCCGCAGAAUCUCUGCAGUAGAAGUAGAAGAGAACUGCUGAGGAAAACUAAAGUUGUCAGAGAUGUGGAAUGCACUGCAGGACAGAGACUCCCUGGAGGUCCUGGGACACCGCCAGCGCUGGCUCCGUGUUGGGACACUGGUGCUGGUUUUCUCCGGAACCUUCGUAAUUGGCUUCCUCUUUGGGUGGUUUAUAAAACCCUCCAAUGAAGCUACUAGUAAUGUUUCCCAUUCUGGCAUGAAGAAGGAGUUUUUGCAUGAAUUGAAGGCUGAGAACAUCAAAAAUUUUUUAUAUAAUUUCACACGGACACCACACUUGGCAGGAACACAAAAUAAUUUUGAGCUUGCAAAGCAAAUUCAUGACCAGUGGAAAGAAUUUGGCCUGGAUUUGGUUGAGUUAUCCCACUAUGAUGUCUUGCUGUCCUAUCCAAAUAAAACCCAUCCUAACUAUAUCUCAAUAAUUGAUGAAGAUGGAAAUGAGAUUUUCAAAACAUCGUUAUCUGAACAGCCACCCCCAGGAUAUGAGAAUAUAUCAGAUGUAGUGCCACCAUACAGUGCCUUCUCUCCACAAGGGACACCAGAGGGCGAUCUAGUGUAUGUCAACUAUGCUCGAACUGAAGACUUCUUUAAACUGGAACGGGAAAUGAAGAUCAAUUGUUCUGGGAAGAUUGUGAUUGCCAGAUAUGGGAAAGUGUUCAGAGGAAAUAUGGUUAAAAAUGCUCAACUGGCUGGGGCAAAAGGGAUGAUUCUCUACUCAGACCCUGCUGACUAUUUUGUUCCUGGGGUGAAGUCCUAUCCAGAUGGCUGGAACAUCCCUGGAGGUGGUGUCCAACGUGGAAAUGUCUUAAAUCUUAAUGGUGCAGGUGACCCACUUACACCAGGUUACCCAGCAAACGAACAUGCUUAUAGGCAUGAGUUGACAGAGGCUGUUGGCCUUCCAAGUAUUCCUGUCCAUCCUAUUGGAUAUGAUGAUGCACAGAAACUCUUAGAACACAUGGGUGGUCCAGCACCCCCUGACAGUAGCUGGAAGGGAGGAUUAAAAGUGCCUUACAACGUGGGACCUGGCUUUGCUGGAAACUUUUCAACACAAAAGGUCAAGCUGCAUAUUCACUCUUACAGUAAAGUGACAAGAAUCUAUAACGUCAUUGGCACCCUCAAAGGAGCUCUGGAACCAGACAGAUAUGUCAUUCUUGGAGGCCACCGAGAUGCUUGGGUGUUUGGUGGCAUUGACCCUCAGAGUGGAGCAGCUGUUGUUCAUGAAAUUGUGAGGAGCUUUGGAACCCUGAAGAAGAAAGGAUGGAGGCCUAGAAGAACAAUUUUGUUUGCAAGCUGGGAUGCAGAAGAAUUUGGCCUUCUUGGUUCUACUGAGUGGGCAGAGGAACAUUCAAGACUGCUACAAGAACGAGGUGUGGCUUAUAUUAAUGCUGAUUCUUCCAUAGAAGGAAAUUACACUCUAAGAGUUGAUUGCACACCACUGAUGUACAGCUUAGUGUACAACCUAACAAAAGAGUUGCAAAGCCCAGAUGAAGGUUUUGAAGGCAAAUCUCUUUAUGACAGCUGGAAAGAAAAGAGUCCUUCACCUGAGUUUAUUGGAAUGCCCAGAAUUAGCAAGCUGGGGUCUGGCAAUGAUUUUGAAGUCUUCUUCCAAAGACUUGGAAUUGCUUCAGGUAGAGCCCGAUAUACUAAAAAUUGGAAAACUAACAAAGUCAGCAGCUAUCCUCUCUAUCACAGUGUCUAUGAAACAUAUGAGCUGGUAGUAAAAUUUUAUGAUCCAACAUUUAAAUACCACCUCACUGUGGCCCAGGUUCGAGGAGGGAUGGUAUUUGAACUGGCCAAUUCUAUAGUGCUUCCCUUUGACUGCCUAAGUUAUGCUGUAGCUCUGAAGAAGCAUGCUGAAACUAUCUACAAUAUUUCAAUGAAGCAUCCACAAGAGAUGAAGGCUUACAUGGUAUCAUUUGAUUCAUUGUUUUCUGCAGUCAAUAAUUUUACAGAUGUUGCAUCUAAGUUCAAUCAGAGACUGGAAGUGUUAGACAAAAGCAACCCCAUAUUACUGAGAAUUAUGAAUGAUCAGCUGAUGCAUCUGGAGCGUGCAUUCAUUGAUCCUUUAGGCUUACCAGGGAGGCCUUUCUACAGGCAUAUCAUCUAUGCUCCAAGCAGCCACAACAAGUAUGCAGGAGAAUCAUUCCCCGGGAUUUAUGAUGCCCUUUUUGAUAUUAGUAGCAAAGUCAACGCUUCUAAGGCCUGGAGUGAAGUGAAGAGACAGAUUUCUAUUGCAACCUUUACAGUGCAAGCUGCAGCAGGGACUCUGAGGGAAGUAGCUUAAACACAUUCUACAGAAUCACAGAAUCCCUGUGUAACUAUGGAGCUGAGAUAGAUAUAUAUAUUCUUGUGCAUCAGAAAAACCAAAAAUGGAUAAUUUCUUUUUUUUAAUUUCAGCAUGUAUUGCUACAAUUUAAAAUUCAAGUAAGUAUUAGAACUAAGGUGAACAGUCUAAUAAAUUGAUACAUUUGAAAGUAUCAGAAAAUGAUCAUAAAUCUCAUACAGCCUUCCCAGAUCUACUCUGUCAUUUCAAUAAAAACAAGCAUCAAUUCCUCAUGGAACACAACUGUAAUAGUUCACAAGUCGACUCUACCUGGGGGACUAGAUGCACAUUGGCCACCAAAAGCUGGGAAGAUCAUGUUAGCCACAAUAGCUGACAAGUUAUAAUCUAUUCUCGUAUCUUGUAAAUAUCAGCACUCUGUAUUAUAAAGUUUAAUUAUUUAGACAUAGGAAAAAUAUCAUUUUAUGAAAACUGUAUAAAAUAUAAAUGCAUAACCAAUAAUUAAUUUGUAGUCCCAAUAACCAUGCACUUCUAAACAAUCACAUCAUUUAUAUCAAAUAUAACCAUGGUCUUAAAUUUUAUGUUUAUGAUUUCCUUGUUUAUAUAGAAGUCAUCAA